CUCUGAUCUGUGUCUCCUUCAUUUUACUCCAUUUGUAAACUUAAAGUUUGCGGUUUAUUUGACAGUACUGAUAUUUGAUUUUCUUCCACCAUAAAAACGUGGUUUCGAUAUUUUCGAAUACCGAAUUUUGAUCAGUUCUUAGAAAACUGUGAACAGAAUAAGUUUUCAAAGUGCAGACAGUGCACGAUGUCCAUGAGCAGUGAAACUACCGGCGCCAACGAGAGUAAUUCCCCGAACAUAGCAGAAAGCAGCAUCAGCAAUAAUACCGUCGAGAUAAAGAAACUCGACACCCAGGCGACUACUAGCAAAGUAAUAUCGGUCUUAAACAGCGAGAGAAAUUUUAAAGAGGAGACCAACGACAUUCAUUUGGAUCGACUGCAGAAUUUGCGCAACGAACUGAACUAUAUCAACGACACAGACUGGAUGUACGAGAGUCUGGACAAGAAGCCGCAGCAAUAAAUAGCCAAUCAAUAUGUAUUCCUUUCUGCGCCACCUGCUGAUGCAUUCUACCAAGAAGGACCUACAAUUGAAAAAGGAACUAUUCGAUAUUGAAAAUGACUUUCUAGACGAGGAACUAA